AUGUCAUUAGUAGAAACGAUGUCCGUGGAUCCCUCUGCUGUUGAGUCAAAAAAUGGAGUGCAGCAGCACAAUAAUAAUACCCAACCAAUAAAGUACGAAAUUCCCAAUUGGGCUGGACGCCCACCAAACGGAUAUCAUUUAGAUGUUGUUAAAGCAGACCAGCUAGUCCAGAAACUGAUGGUUGAUGAGAAACGAGCGUAUUAUUUUGGCCGUAAUCCAGAACAGUGCGAUUUUGUAGUUGAACACGCAUCUUGCUCUCGAGUUCAUGCUGUUCUAGUUUUUCAUAAGUUCCUCCAACGGUUUGGAUUAGUAGACCUUAAUAGCUGUCAUGGCACAUUCGUUGGUAAACGGCGUUUAGAGCCUUAUCAGCCUGUAUUUAUCGAAGAAGGCGGUAUUUUUCAUUUUGGAGCUUCGACAAGGAGAUACAUUCUUCGUGGUCGACUGGAACUAGCAGAUGAGGAUGAGGAAGGGAACAAGGACAUGCUGCCACAAGAGCAUGAGCUUGAGGUUUUGAAUAUUUUUUUCAAUAUUUUAGUUAUUUCACACUACUUUGUACUUGUUCAGAACCUCACUGAGUAUAACACAGCUCUGAAUAGACGUAUUCCAAUUAUCCCCAUAUCUCUUGAAGAUGCGAGGCGAAAAAAACGUCAGCGAGGGAAUGUAGCUUUUUUGGAAGAAGAGACGAUUAUAAAUCCAGGUAUUCGUAUUUCAGAAGACGUUGAUCCGACAAUAGGAAGGUUUAGAAAUUUAGUUACCACAGCUAUUAUCUCUUCGAAGAGGAAAGGAACUAUUGAUGGGGCAGAAGAUGCUGAAAAAGAAGGUCCUGCACCGAAAAAGAUAUUGCGGCCGGGGCGUAUUGAUGAUUCUAGAAAUAAUGCCAGAUAUGCUUUGCCUAUGGUUUCGAGUUUGUCAAUUGUAAUGAACGCGGCCCCUGACCCAGAGUUAUAUGUUAAAACACUGCCGGAACCAAGUUCAGGUCACAUAUCAUUUGCUCACUCAGUGACUCAUCCACGAGAUGAUGAUGAUGGUGAUGUUCCUCAUAAGAAGAAAUACGCGAAAGAGUCGUGGCCAGGCAGAAAACCUAGUCAGGGAGGGGUUUUAGCAUGA